AUGCAGGUCACGGCGCGUCAAGGUGAGAUCCAUGUUGAGCUCCAGGCCGACAACCGAGUCACUAACACUAUGCAGUGUGAUGAAGCCAGGCCGGUUUGUGGCGGCUGUCUUCGACACGGAGUCCACUGCCACUACGAUCGUGCUCCCCAGCCAAAGACAGGGACACCCUCAACCGUCCCGGUAACUCCAGUAGACAAUGCCAGUCCUGCUCCGCCAACUGAAACCCGCGAGCGCCGGUAUCUCGAGCUUCGCCUCUUGCAUACUUUUGUCGCUGACAUCUGUCCACACACCGCGGGAACGCACCUCCCCGUGCUCCAAAACACAUGGGUAAACGAGGUGCCACGAAUGGCUCUGGAACAUGAACCACUGCUCAACGCCAUCAUGUCGAUAUCUUGUCUUUACCUGCUCACCCAAGGCGGAGACACCGACCCGGAGCUGGAACUUCAUCGAGCCAACUACCUCGAAGCGACGGUGCAGCAACAUCGCGAGACUCUCGCAAACAUGACGAAAGAAAAUUCAGACGCAGCAUGCUUUGUUUCAGUACUUCUCACCAUGGAUGCUUUUGCGAACUUGAGGUUCCGCCAGCUGGAACCAUACGAACCCCCUCUUCACUGGCUUCAGAUGUCUCGAGGCCUCGGCGGUGUAUUCCAGCAGGCCAUAGAGCUCCUCAAGGACGAGCCAGGUGCCAAAAUGAGGUCUCUAGUAGACACUGCUGGAUCUUAUGUGAAAGCAUACGUUGUGUUUUGCAAGUCUAACCGGGAAGGUCUUGAGCAUCUCCUCGAGUUCCGGGAGGGUGAGAUACACGACGAGAGCGAUGUCACGGCGUACGAGAGCGUUGUCAGCUACAUCGGCUCCGUCAUGCGGGGGUUGAGAUCUAGUGAAGAUCCCAAGAUGAUCAGCAGGAGGUUGACGUCCUUUUCUGUAUUGGUUUCUGCACGUUUCAUCGAGCUGCUACGCUUCCAGAAACCGCGUGCUUUGGUUUUGCUAGCGCACUUUUUUGCUUUGGCUAGUUGUAUUCGCUACACAUGGUGGGUUGGUCCAUCACCUGGAAGGGAAAUCAGGGCUAUACAAGCUCAACUUGGAGAAGAGUGGCAGGCUUUGAUGUCCUGGCCGAUAGAGCAACUAGAAAAAGAGCCAUAUGCUCCAGAUGAGAAGGACAGAGCCCCUUGGCCAGAGGCAACAACGAUGAUACCAAGUGCUUGA